AACAUGUACAUCUCAUUCUCAGCCAAAUAAAAACCAAACAAAAUAAUCGGCUUCAUCACCAUCAUCAUCAUUCGCCAUUUUGAAGUUCAAGCAAUUAAGCAGUCUCUUGAUCAGUUUCGUGUGUUUCCUUGGGAGCUAGUAGACUUACAUAUACGGUUAGAAAACGCAACAUGGCUACUGCAUCAGUUGGGUUUAAGUCAAGAGAAGAGCACCGUAAGAAGCAAGAAUUGGAGGAAGCGCGUAAAGCAGGGCUUGCUCCAGCAGAGAUCGAUGAGGAAGGAAAAGAGAUUAAUCCUCACAUUCCUCAAUACAUGUCUUCUGCUCCUUGGUACCUCAAUGCAGACAAGCCUAGCUUGAAACAUCAAAGGAAAUGGAAAGUUGAUCCUAACUAUACAAAGUCGUGGUACGAUAGAGGAGCCAAAACGUUCAAGGCAGAUAAGUAUAGGAAAGGAGCUUGUGAGAACUGUGGGGCUAUGACGCAUAAGACAAAGUUGUGCACGGAGAGGCCAAGAAAGAUGGGAGCGAAGUGGACUAACAAGAACAUAGCUCCUGAUGAAAAGAUCGAGACGUUCGACCUUGAUUACGAUGGGAAAAGGGAUAGAUGGAACGGUUACGAUACUGCCAAAUAUUCGGUAGUGAUCAAGAGGUAUGAGGCUAGAGAUGAAGCGAGAAGGAACUUUUUAAAAGAGCAGCAGUUGAAGAAGCUGGACAAGAAACGUAACAAAAAGAGUGAUGAAGAAGAGUCUAGUGACGAAGAGGAAGCCCUGAAACUUGAUGAAGCCAAAGCUGAUGAGAGCAAGCAAAUGGAUUUUGCUAAGGUAGAGAAACGUGUUCGUACUACUGGUGGAGGCAGUACAGGAACUGUUAGGAACUUGCGUAUACGUGAAGACACUGCAAAGUAUCUUUUGAAUCUUGAUGUCAACUCUGCUUAUUAUGAUCCCAAGACGAGGUCUAUGCGUGAAGAUCCUCUUCCAAAUGCUGAUCCGAACGAGAAGUUCUAUGCGGGAGACAAUCAAUACAGAAUGAGUGGAGAAGCUCUAGAGUUCAAGAAGCUUAAUAUUCACGCGUUGCAAUUAUCCGAGAAAGGCCAGGAAGAGGUCAACAUGCAAGCUGCUCCUUCUCAAGCAGAGCUGCUUUUCAAGAAAUACAAAGAAGCGAAAGAGAAACUGAAGAAACAGAUCCAAGAAACAAUCACGGAGAAGUAUGGAAAUGCUGCUGCGUCUGUGGAAGACAUCCCAAAGGAGCUUUUAUUUGGACAAAGCGAGAGAGAAAUCGAAUAUGACCGAUGUGGAAGAGUUAUUAAAGGAAUGGAAGUGCCGGUACCUAAGAGCAAAUAUGAAGAAGAUGUUUACUUAAACAACCACACAAGUGUAUGGGGGUCGUGGUGGAAGGAUCAACAGUGGGGUUACAGAUGUUGUCAGCAAACAGUUAAGAACAGCUAUUGCACUGGUGUUGCGGGGAUAGAUGCGGCUGAGGAAGCUGCAGGUCUAAUGAGAACCAAUAUCGAAAGACAUGCUACAGCUUCUAAUGAUAGGUCCGGUCUAGUAGAGGAGAAAAGAUUUGUGACUUGGGGAAGUGAUACACCAGAAGAUCUUGUUCUUGACCGUGAAAAACUUGAUGAAGCUUUAAAGAAGGAGGAUGAGAGGAAGAGAGAGGAGAAAGAUGAAAGGAAACGUAAAUACAAUGUCCAAUGGAAUGAUCAGGUUACACCUGAGGAGAUGGAAGCUUACCGAAUGAAAAGAAUGCAUGAGGAUGAUCCCAUGAAGAAUCUUUUGCACUAGAGUGGCUUUGUUAACACAAUCUUGUUUCUUACUUUUGUGUUUGCAAUAUUAGUUAGAUACCUAUUGGUGCAUUUAUGUUAUCGAUUGUAUUGCACUUAUUAACUCGGAACAAAAGAUAAUGAGUGCGAGAAAAACUCUCUGACUGUUGUAAUGUUUCACAGAUCAACUUGUCUGAAGGAACCAUUUCCUCAAUAUGGACGCGCUGCCGAUUGUA